AUUCAAGCUCUCCUGACAGUCGGUCGAGUGAGUGUGGUGGUGCAGGUCGCCGCAUUUGCCUCCACUUGCAGAAGAUCCACCUGAGUGGCCGCCGGCCGACAAGUGUGACCCUCCGUCGGCCAACAUGACUGUGUCCUACUCGUGCGAAGUGGCCAAUGGCUCUCGUUUUGGAUGCUUCUGGCGGAUUCUUCUCAAAUGGAAAGGCAGUGUGUACAAACUCAUCUACAGAGAGCUGUUCUUCUACCUUAGCAUAUACUACACAAUUAAUCUCGUCUACAGACACGUUCUCAAUCCUGAACAAAAAGAGACUUUCAAGAGGGUGCGAAAGUACGUCGGGGAGCAGACGGAGAGCAUCCCGAUGUCGUUUGUGCUUGGCUUCUACGUCACUUUGAUAGUCAAACGAUGGUGGGAGCAAUACAGACUGCUGCCCUGGCCGGACUCGAUGGCUCUCUUCGUCAGCGCCGCCAUCCCAGGACAUGAGGAGCGGGGCCGACUAAUGCGCCGAAACAUCGUGCGGUACUCAAUGCUCAGCUAUGUGAUCACCCUGCAGCACGUCAGUCUCAGGGUCAAGAGGCGCUUCCCCACGUGGCAACACAUGGUCGACGCAGGCUUGAUGAUGGAAAGUGAGAAGAAAAUCUUUGAUCUAAUGGACGAGAAAACGACGAUGGCCAAGUACUGGAUGCCGCUCGUGUGGGCAACCAACAUCAUCAACCGGGCGCGCAAGGAGAACAUGAUCCAGAGCGACCACGUGGUGCAGACGAUGCUGCAGGAGCUGUCUGACAUCAGACGGCGGCUCGGCUCGCUCAUCGGUUACGACACAGUCUGCGUGCCUCUCGUCUACACACAGGUAGUGACGCUGUCCUUGUACACGUACUUCAUCUCUGCGCUUCUCGGCCGCCAAUGUAUCGAAACAGACGUCGUCGAUCUGUACUUCCCAGUCUUCCUAAUGUUCCAAUUUUGCUUCUACAUUGGCUGGCUGAAGGUGGCCGAGGUGCUGAUCAACCCCUUCGGUGAGGACGACGACGACAUCGAACUGAACUGGCUGAUCGACCGACACAUCAAGGCCGGCUACAUGAUCGUGGACGAGAUGCAUGAGGAGCAUCCAGAGCUGCUCAAGGAUCAAUACUGGGAGGAGGUGGUGCCCCGCGACCUGCCCUACACUGUCGCGUCAGAGCACUACCGCCGCGAUGAGCCCAAGGGCAGUGCCCAGCUGUACAGAGUUAAGGAGAGUGACGCCGUCUACGCCAACAUGCUGCCAUCCAGUGCCAAGAACAACCACGAGGACGUCUAUGCGGACUAUGAAAGCGUCGAUACGCCUCUGGUAGAGCGUCGCAAGAACUGGUUCCAGCGGCAGUUGAAUCGCAUGGGCAGUUCGCGUUCCUCGAGCACAGCCUAUUCAUCAGGGUUGUUCCGUGCGGGUGGACGCGUCAGAAACACUUCACUCUCAGGCAACAUUUACUCGACAACCAACGAAACAGGCCUGCAUUUGACAGUGCCUAACCAGAAGAGCGUCAACUAUGACCGCGUCUUGAUCCGUAAAUCUGGACGUGCACAACUGAACAAAGCAAUCGUCAGACAAGCGACGACCAAGCUGAACGGCUCAGCGAUUCCACCCUCCCUGAAGAACCGGCCGCGCAUCCCAACCCCCGACGUGACGCGCGAAAUGAUGGACGGACACCGAAACAGCGUGUUCCCGUCCGCGCCUCCCAUCUCGCCGCCGGUCUCGCCGACGCCUCUGGACAAGGACAAUUUGCAGCAGUCGAUACCGACAGAUUUAGACCACAGCAGAUCAUUCACACCACCACCAGACAUGCCCACGGUGGUCAAGGUUCUAUUACCGAUCAAGGAGCAGGAUGUGCCGAUGGUGGUGACGACGACGGCCAGCAGCGGCGUAUCCAACACGCAGCACCUGGCCAAGGCCGUGUUCACGAACGUGUCCCUGCCCGUGCAGCUGAACCAUCUGACGCUGUCGCCGGCGCAGUUGGCCGUGAUGGCUUCCAUCCCGGGGAUAGGCCCGAUAGAGAAGGAGGGCCUCAGCAUCACCGAACUGGACGCGACGGGUGACCUCUCGGACAGGAAGUCCAGCGUAUCGUCCAGCUCGAGCGGAAACAAUAACACGAACCACACGACAAAGAGAGGCGAGGUUUACGUCUGACAACGCAACGACUCAUUCCAAAUUCAAUUCUGUACAUUUUAAUGCAUGUCGAAGGAAAUUUUUGCCUUUUCUCUCCCUCUCUCUGAACACUUGUGCCCGUGAAUUGCUCAUAUUUAGCUGGUAAGAUGCAUUUUUUCACAAUUGUCUUUGUAUGCAGCCGAAUGUUUCGCGAGUGCCCUGGAUUUGAGUGGUGUGUGUGCUUUUUUCGUGACCUUUCUGUGGUUUCUGUGAAUGUGCGGUCGAUUGCAUUCCUCUUAACGUUGACAACUUGCUGCAGCUACAUUGUGAUAUAAGGUUGGCGUGCCAAGAACUUUACUGACAUUGACAUGUUCGUGUUUUUUUAAUAUUGAUAUUUAUGAGCGCAUUGAUGAACACUAUAUUUUGCUAAUUUUGGAUGAUGUUGUAUUUGCUUGUGAUGUACUGUACAAUAAUCAUAUUGAUUUUUACUAUCCUCAAAA